AGAUUUAUUUUAAAUCAACCAUGAUUUUAUCAACAAAUAAUGCAACGAAGGAAUAAAAGAAGCAGCAAACAAGAGCUAGUGUGAUGCAAAGCAAAAGAUUGAGCAGAGAAGAAUCUUUAUGGCCGAAACCCUCUUCUACUUCUUCUGCACCUCUGCUGCCGCCGUCUUUCCCUUUGCUUCUUCUCCGCUCAGCAAGUUGAGAGAUCAGAAUCAUGGCUGAUACAAUUGAUUUGACCGGGGAUGGAGGUGUCCUGAAGACCAUAGUGCGCCGAGCAAAAGCUGAUGCACUUGCUCCAUCAGAGAGUCUUCCACUACUCGACGUUCAUUAUGAAGGCACUUUUGCUGAAACUGGCGAAGUUUUUGAUACUACACACGAAGAUAAUACUAUCUUCACGUUUGAAUUGGGCAGUGGGACUGUGAUUAAAGCUUGGGAUGUUGCGCUCAAAACCAUGAAGGUUGGUGAAGUUGCAAGGAUUACUUGUAAGCCAGAGUAUGGGUAUGGCAGCGCCGGUUCCCCACCUGAUAUUCCCCCAGACGCGUCACUUAUUUUUGAGGUGGAGCUGGUGGCCUGCAGACCUCGCAAGGGUUCUAGCCUAAGCAGUGCCUCAGACGAGAGGGCAAGACUCGAUGAGCUGAAGAAGCAACGGGAAGCAGCUGCUGCGGUCAAGGAGGAAGAGAAGAAGAAAAGGGAAGAAGCGAAAGCAGCCGCGGCUGCUAGGGUUCAAGCCAAACUCGAUGCCAAGAAAGGCAAAGGGAAGGGCAAAGGCAAGUAAUAGUGAUGUUUUAUGCGAUGGUUAAACAUAAAGCUUAACUAGCUGCACUACACAGCAACUCUGCCCCUUCUUUUAUAAUUUCUGCAACAAUGAUGAAAAACCAAUGUAUCUCUAUGAAAACCAAUCUUGAAAUAAGGCGAUAUUUUGUGACAAGUAAUCGAAAUAUAUAUGUAUUUCAAUGUAGUAUUCAA